AAUGAACAUCCAUCUUCAUAAUUCGACUUCACUCGGCAAAAAAGGCAACUCAAUCAAAUCGAUUUUAAACGAUGCUGCAUGAUUAUCGAUUAUCAUGUACGUAUAUAAACCCUCAGGCUGGCCCUGAACCCGUCUCCUCUCAACUUGCGGGACGACCACAGACUGUAGAACGAGCAUGGUAAACACAAUGUCCAAACGCCAACUUUCGCCAGGGCCCGAGUCCACCAAGCAAACGGCUAAACGCGCACGAGCCGCCGAUAAGCCUGCUCUUCGCAAGCACGAGCGGUUUUGGCUAGUAGAUGGAAAUGCUGUCAUUGAACUUGAUGGUAUUAGCUUCAGGGUGCAUCAAUCGUGGCUUGCGCAGCAUUCGAAAUUCAUUGCGAAGCUACUCCCUGAGAAAAUUGAAGAGACAAAAUUCGUAGUUUGUGAGAAGCUCAAUGCAAUAGAUUUCGAGGCGCUGCUUUUGUAUUAUGAAAACCCUGGGGAUUACCGCAACAACAUCGACUCCGCCACCCUAAUAUCACUCAUUCGUGCAGCGAUAACGCUUGGUUUUACUUCCGACUACGUCUGGCUCGUGAAGGAGUUGGAAGCACUCUGGCCGUCUAAACUUGAAGCACUACCUGUCAACCCAGAACCGCGCCCCGACGCUCCGCAGUUGGCUGCCCUCGCACGAACGUUCAACAUUGAUACGCUGUUGAAGCCUGCGUUCUACGAUAUGGCAAGGACAUCUGGAUUCGGUCUGGAUAAGCUUGAGGAAGCAGAGAAAUUCAGCCAUGCGGAUAUGUUGCGCCUUGUCCGGAUGAGAGAGUAUCUGGGAGACACGUGGGCUCAGGUAGCUACGCGCGAAGAUCCUACCUUGGUUUGUCAAAACCUUCGUGUUGCACAAUCCAGCAGUAGCACAAGAACCUCAGACUCUACCACCUCUGUUGGUGUGGCACGCAACUGCCUCUCAUGCUUCUCGGAGACAGCAAGACGCGAGGCGUGGGUUCGGCUUGUGCAUGACUCAGGGACUUUCACCCGGUAUCGGUACGAUCCACUGUGCGGACUAGCGGCGUUGAUAAACGUGAAGUGGACGGACGACUGGUGCAAGAAUUGUAAGGAGAAACGGCAGGCUGAGUGGCGUGAAAUGCAGGCGAGUAUUUGGGAGAAGAUCGACGAGUAUCUGAGGAAAGAAUUGCCCGUGGAAGUUGCAUUGCCCUAGAGUUCACUGGAUCACUACUGGAACACGGGUCAGAACGGAGCAGGGGUUUGGGUUGAAGGCAGGCCAGGAUGGUUUGUGGUUCAGAGAGCCUUUAGUAUACAUUUUCGUUGCAUUUUAUUAGUUUCCGCUUUGGCCGUCAUUCGCAUGUGCUUUCACCUUUCAUGCCCAACAGUUUCAAUUUUUUGGUACCAUCAAUUCAUCGUUCGUGGUUCGAACCACCCCCUUUCUUGUGUUGCUAUUUCAUGAUCAGUACCGAGUCGUCGCGUCACAUCUUGGGCAGCGUUUUGUCUGCUUCGGACAAACCUCGCGGGGACGUAACUUUCUACUUGACGGAGAUGAUUGAUCACGAUAUCGCUUUUGAAGAUACAGCCAGAAUCCCGU